AUGCCGCCUCGCAAGUCAACAUCUCGGAAAACUCGCUUUUCGAAAGCCCGUAAGCCGCUGCCUGGUCCGGUGAAGACCACGGGCUUAGACAGAGAAUCUGAGGACGUUGACAUUGUGGGGUCUUCAAAGAAGACCAUGGUCAAACCAACCUGCAAGCUUACAGAUGUCAAGGAGACUGAUGUGUUCGGCGUCGAGAAGCUCAAUAUCUCCGCUCUGAUCAACGACUUGGAAAAGUGGGCAGGCGUCAAAUGUCUCCAUCUUAUGAAAUGGGCGGAAGGAAAACACGAUGUCAUAUAUCGUUGUGAGUUUCGGGACGGAAGUAACACCAUAGAACACAUCAUUGUCAGGCUCUGCAAGCCAUGCCUGACGUCGAAGCAGCUCGAGUCGGAGAUCGCGACCAUGCGAUACUGCCGCGACUUCAUCCCCUCCAUUCCGAUACCCUCAGUUUUUCACUGCAACCUAAUCCCUCAAAACCCUAUCGGAUGCGAGUACAGCGUCCACACCGUGGCCUCUGGCCUCACCGCUCGCACCAUGUGGCAGUACUGGACGCAAGAGGAAAAACUUACCCUGAUGGAUUCGCUCGCGAAUGUCCUGCACGAACUCUUCACCCACCGCGUCGGUGGCUUUGGCUCGCUCUACCUGGUAACCCAAGGCCAAAAAACCCUAGACAAGUUCGAAAUUGGAGAAACAAUCAAACCUCAAUUCUUCAAUCAGUCGUUCCAGCGUUCCGUGGCCCCUUUCGAGUCUGUAAAACCACGAAUUGCCGCCCCGCUUCGGCCUUGGAAUACGGCCAACGCGUGGAUGGUCGCGAACGUUCGCCUGCAGCUCGAAUACCUAGAGCAAUACCCAGAACACGCGGCAAUCAGUGUCGGUUGGGAUAUUGCCAAAUAUCCGACCUGUCUGGACGGUUACAAAAGCGUGCUGAAGGGCCUGAUCAGCCUCUCGGAGAUCGUGCUCUGUCCUCCGGAGCUUCCAUUCAGCGUCAACUCAGCGCUCUGGCGACCCUACCUCAACAUGGACGAUAUUAUGUUCUUGCCCGAUAAUGCCAAGAUCACCAGCUUGCUGGAUUGGGAGAUGACUGCCGUCGUCCCUCUAUGGCAAGCAGCAACCGUACCCGAGUUCAUGGAGGAAGGUCCGAAUAGAAAACCCGCGGAACUUCUUUCCUGCUACCGUGAUCGCUUUCUCAUGCGCAUGGGAGAGCUGGAUGCGCUCAUGGACACGACUCGUGCGGAGGUCGUCAAGUGGACGGAUUGCUAUCUGCAGGGGAAAAUAUUCAGGGAGCUAAAGGAGCAUUGUGAUAGACAAUGGUAUGAGCUUGAUCAGAGGACGCGGGCUCUUAUGGACGCGUGGGCUGCGCUCGUGUCCCCGGCAUUGUAG